AUGGCUUCUAAUACCAGGGAUCACUUUGAAAGGCUUGGAGAAAGGUUUGCUUUCAUUUCUCUUCCAUUUCGUGUCAGUGCGUUCACGAUUGAAGUAACGAUUAGCCAUAAUCAUCUAUUUUAUGGACUUCAUUUGCGUACAAUCGCUGUCCAAAUUCUUUAAAAAUACGUCGCGUUUCUGUGUGAAAAUUACGGUGCAAAUUUGUUUGUAAACAGGCGCUUACAUAAAAAUAUAGUGUACCUUGGCGCACGUAGCCUUCGCACAAGCAAUUGCUUUGUGAAAUCGUUAUUGUGUGUUUUAAUUUACCUUACUAGUGGCAGCUUAAUUUUUCUAGUAUUCAGUAACAGCCAUUACCUCCGUCAUUAUGUAAUUUUACCAAAACAAAAAUAUACAUUUUAUAUAACGAAAUGGUUGUUGAAACCGUGAAAGAUCAAACCUUGUGUCACUGCCAAAAAACCAGAACAUUAGCGCGUUAUCUCAAGAAAUAGUUUUAUCUUUUAUCUUUUAUGUAGCAAGGAGGCCUAUUAAAUAUUAUCUUAAAGUUUCAAUUCUUACACUAUACGAUGCUCUUAUAACUUUAACAAAAGAAUGUAAAGCAUCACGAAACCAUAAGUUUAAUUGACCCAAACCUUUAUCCUUGUACAGUUAGCUAAUUCCUCCUAACAAGGAUUUAGAUAUCGUUAAUUUUCUCACGAAUGACUCGAAAUAAACAUUCUGCCAAGUUUAGUUCGAAUUUUGAAAUAUUCUGCUCUUGCGACGGCAGUAAUGGACGGCAUCUGCAUCCAAUUAGAAAAGAUCGUGGAUCGAUGUGAGAAUUUACUAUCUCUUGCUUUGAUACCUGAACCAGUCAACCUGUUUUAAAGUUUGAUUAAUUGAGGGGUCGUUAGGGGGCACGUGUCUCUCUUGUUAUCACGUUUUUGUCUACAGAUAACCUGUCUUGUAUGACUUUCUAGAAGUUUCACUGCAUUCGACAUGCGCGAUGGACAUAUGUAGAGAUUUUUGAAUAGAGAGUCACUCCACGUGAUGUUUUGGAUAACGCCCCGCUGUUCGACACAAUGUAUAUUGCGUAAUGUAUCGUCUAGUUUACUCCUUUGAAUUGGUUUUUUUUGUUUCUUUUUCAUUCUUCGAUAACUACCGCUACGAGAGAGUUGGCAGGGGCUGCCAUUACCUAACCAAAGAUUGGCAUGUUUAUUUUGACCCCUGUCCUUCUUUAUCGCGAAGUUUGUCUAUCGUUUGUACAAUUUUACAUUUUUUUUUUUAAGCGGACAGCGCUGAACACGGCGGGAAGUGCCUAGAUAACAAUCACAUUCGCUAUUACUAUUAUUAUUACUCAAGCCACGUAUGCUUUGCAUAAGCUUGCCAGCUUUAAUUAAAACAUGUCAGAAGUAGAGAAAGAUGUUUUUCGUCUUAUUACGAGCGUGAGACAGAAAAAAUUCUGAGUCCCCAUGAGGAAUCGAACCUCAGACCUUCGGAUUUCCGCGCUCCGAUGCUUUACCACAGAGCCCCAGAGACUCUACGAUGGAGCUAGGUCUAUUACGAAGUUCAUAUGAUAAGCGUCCUGCGUAUUACUAAGAUCAGCUGCGUCGAUGUCAGAAGUAAUGAGCAACACAAAAUUAGAGCCAUAAAUACUUUUGAAAUCUGAUCUUAUCCUUCCAGGUUCUCUUCAGAACGUAAUUUUUAGAGAUUGGUUGAUUUUAUAAAUUAUCAUUUAGGGUGUUGUCUUUAUUAGAACGCUUCAAAUUCUGCGCAAACGAGACCUAUUUUCACGGUAAAUCAAGAUCGGUUUUGAGAUGAAGAAAGUUUUGAAUAGAUAUGACUUGCUAAUUAUUAUUGUGAUAAUAAGACAAAGAUAUUCAAAGCUCAAUGCAACUUCUAGAUUCUUCGCUUUUUUUCUGCUUCGAUUCACCUGAAGUACCUCCUUAUCUUUUAUUGAUAACUUCAUCGGAGGUUGAGAUAUUCAGAGUUGUUCUGCCUUAGACGCAAUAACUAUAGUUUUUACCGAAUGUUUACACUUGGUUUACACUUUAAAAUUAGCUGAGUUGCAGUCUGUAAUUUUUUUUCCUAAUCCGGCGAGGUAAGGGGGUAAGUUUCUAAAGAAACUGUGGUGCUGCGUCGGUGGAAGAGAAGAACAAGGUAACUCGGCAUAGCAAACUGAGUUGAUAACGCAAAUUGACUGCCGUAAAGAGUUUCAAAGCUGACGUUUCGAGCGUUAGCCCUUCGUCAGAGCGAAAACAAUUGGGUUUUUUCCUUUUUCGGUAUCUAAUCAGUUGAGAGAGUGACACGGGUCUGCAGUAGCCUGCGGCAACACAGCAUUCAAAUGUAUCCGCAUGCGCAAGCGUUGUAAAGCCCAGGUCGUCUGCUUUUGAUAGGCUGUCAAAACCAAUUAGUGUAACUGGAGAUAUAAACUACACGACCCAGUCAAUUACGGUUAAAACGUUCAUCUUCUUCCGAUAGAGUUGAAAACGAAAUUGUAAAUCAACAGAUUACCCGUGAUUAGAUGAGCUUUGUGUUUGAAAAGACUCGAAUUCUUUUCCCUCCUUUUUUUUCUUCUUCUGAUUCUUUAAACGUUUCAUUCCUUUUUUUUUUUUGUUCCCCAUGCGUUCAUUACAAAAUAUUUUAGGCUGUCAUCCAUUGGUGAUGCUAACUAAGAGAUAGCUUCGAGUCUAUCGUAGGUUAAUUUGCUAGACUAAUCACAGAACAAUGUAAAGCAAAAACUGACGCCAUUGUGACUUCCCAGGUCAUCUAAGAUUGUUGGAGUCACGAAAUUUUUGAUACUCUUUCUCAAGCAGCUUACUGACUCGUUUGUUCUUUAUCACAGCCUUUCCAGUGACAGCAAAAGAAUCCUAUCUGAUCUUCUCAAGUCGCCUGGCUUUUCCUCGGAAUUCUUUUCAGUGGGAGAAGAAAGCACUGAAACACCUGGAGAAACUGUCCGUCUUGCGUGUUUUGACAUAGGGGUCUACCGCCCGGAGAACAUAACAUGGAAGGUCGAAGGAGAGCACGUGUUACUCCAAGGAAAGCGGUCUCAGAGAAACGGCAAGGGUGCAGAGGGUGCGAAAUUCUCAAGAGCUAUUCCCAUUCCCCAAGGGGUGGACCCUAAACGGAUUACGACACGUUACAGUGAUAUAGAUGGACAAUAUAUCGUUGAAGGAGUGAAAGGAAAAGCGAAGCCGCGUCCAAGAAGGACUAAUAGUGUAUAUUUUGACGAGACUAAGGUCUCAUUGUCGGUUGAGUUAGGAAGUUCGAAAGCACAAGGACUCGCGAAAGCGGCCACGGCCAGUAACCCGCGAAUGAGUCGUUUAGAAAGAUCAGCGAGUUGCAGUCCUGCUUUCUUUACGCCAACUGAUAAAAUUGAAAUUUAG